GUGUCACCCACAGGGACCCUAGACUGUGAAAUAACUGCACAGAAAUGCCAACCGCCUUUUCAGACGAUAACAGUAACGCCCAAAGACUAUAAAGUGACUUUGAACUGCUCGAUUAAGAAUGGUGGAAAAGUGCAAGACAUGACCUGGCAGGACCUUGAAAAACACCUCAAUGCCAGUGACGCUGGUCUGUUCGUACAACAAAUCGAUUCAAAGAAUAGAAGUCAGCCACGUGAAUGUUUUUCUAUAAAAUACGCCAGUGAGUAUGUUCUUUUUUUGCCCUGUCUGUAUCAAAUUGAUAGGGAGAAAAAUAUCAUAAUGAGCCCACCAGUUUUUUUGUGUUUUUAAAUGGAUUAUAACGAAUCCUAUGAAUGCCUCGUAACAGGUUUAGGCAGAUUCAAGCUCAGCGGAGGCAAUUUUUACCGUAGGAGUGAUCGUAAAAACGGUUGAAGUUAUAGCCAGCUAAAUCACCUCACUUGAACAUGGUUCACCGCGAAACUCUAGUUACUCAUGCCAUGCUGGAGGGUAAGAAAAGCAAAGGGACAUGACAAACAACAAACAAAGGAAUCAUUUCAAACGAUGUUAGAUUUUUGUUUGGCUUGACUCAGUGCAUAGGGCCUUGCUCUCCAGUAUGGCAGGUUUGUGCUACAAAAAUGACUUACUGCAAAGGGCCUAUUUAAAAUGAACAAGGCAUGGAGUAAAACAUGGUUGGUUGGAAGGUUUCGGUAAGAGAGAUGACUGAAGAAAUGAUGACCGUCGACGAGGGCAGUGAAAAUGUCGCUAAAAAAAUAAAUUUGCCUCAUUUCAAAUGUCAUCGCGUCUAUUUGUAGCCUCCCUCGCAGGCCUUUUUAGGGGAGCUCGUCUUUCAUCCCUUCCCACAAACGCCUGCUCAACCGAAAACAACAUGCCUUUCCCAAGCUUAGCCAAUCACAUUGUACUUUCCAAAUCCUGGAAAGUUGACCUUAACCGCACGGUAAUCUGACAAUUACUCGAUCUCACAUGAAACACUUGGAGAGCUUUCUGACCAUUAAUAAAUGUUAGAUUCAGAGCGGCAAAAGUAAGAUUUAGUUAAAGUUUAGAAUACUCCAUACACUGCAUAACCUUAGCGAAGGAAAGAAAAGAGGGAAAACGGUAACUCCAGGGUCACGUUUUAGUCAUGUUUAGCCCGUCAACACUCUAUUUUAAAACUGUUGAUUGGUCACUUACCACGCAAAUAAAACAAUGGGAAAGGAAUGUUGUGUUCGGUUGAGCAGGCGUUUGUGGGGAGGGAUGAAAAACGAACUCCCCUAAAAACGCCUGCGUGGGAGGCUAGUCUAUUUGGAGCUGCUUAAUUUGUCAAAUGUAGACGAUUUCUCUUGGAGUUGAAUUCUUAAGGACUUUAAUCAGGUUCAGAAAUAAAAAGGCGAAUUCGUCGUCGUAUGUUCACUUUCUCUAUAAAACGUCGCAUUAUUAGGAGGUUUCACUUGAUAGUCGUGCAGUGAACGUCAAAGAAAUGUACUAAGAAGCUUGAUGCACGUGAAGCAACUGUUCUUUUCAUGUUAAAACCAAUUGUUUUUUGACGUUGUCAUCGUGGUGGUUAAGAUUUUCACAUUUCAGAUUUUGAUUUUUUUUUCCACUAAUUCAAGAGGUUGCUAUAAAAAUUACAAGUAUAUUACAAAAACAAGAAGAAGAAAACCAGCAAAUUACAUAAAUCCUGAUCAAAGGUGAAAUGUGCGCAGUCGUGUUGGUCACUUAAGCUCCCUUCAAAGUUUAAAUGACUGGGUGCAUGACUUAUGAGCUUUGAAAUUAAGACGAAGAAUUCCUUCUUAGUUCCAGUUCAGAGAGUAUUUAAGACAAGUUCUCCCGUUGACUACUAUCCUGACACGAGAGAAAUGGAACUGAAGUGUACCUUCAAGGGAUGGCCUCGUCCUCGUGUAGUUUGGUACAGUCCAGAUAACAAACAAAUCAUCAACGGAUCUGAAGGUUUUUACAUCUCAGAGCAGCUGGAUGGAAAGGAUACCUUACGUUCCCUUCUCCGUAAUGCUAAUAUCCAAGAAAAACACGAAGGGGCUGCUUAUAAAUGCACUGGAAUGAACAACAUGACCGGCUGGUCUAGUAAAAAAUCAGGGUAUAUUGACCUGAAUUAUCGCUGUGAGUCAUUUAAUUUCUUAUUUCUAAUAUUACACACGGAUGUGCAAAACUACCUCCUUUGAAGCAGGUUCAUAAAAAACAUAAUACCAUGUUUCCCCUGUAAGCAAUGGAAAGUAUCCCAUUUAGACUAAGAGAGACAGCUCAUUGUCUCUUGAUUUAGACGGAAUUAAAUAUUAACUUAUUCCUAACUGAAUUUUAAAAAAAAUGUAACUGACAAUUUCGUGCCACCUUCCUCUUCCAUUCAGACUAAAUGGACGCUGGAACUUUUAUUUGUUUUCCCCUCGGGUCACAAGGGAUAAUAGCCUGCUUGGCAGGCGCAAAAAGGGGAGGGAGAGGAGGAGGGAGAAAAGCACGAAUGAGGGGAAAGGGAAGGGAGCGCCUGCUCUAAGAGCCAGUGUUUUUGUAAUCCGCCCACCAUUUUCUCAACUAAUCCGAUAAUGUCACUGUCAAUACGUGACCAAUCACAAGUACGGGGCUUCUCAGCAUGGUCGGAACUUAAUUACUUUGUUUACCGGAAAUUUUCAAGUUGAGACGCUUUUUUUCAAGUGAUAUCAUAAUCGAGCGAAAUGAAACAUUUUUACUGUUUUUGCUCCCGCAGCAAACACGACAAACAUAGACCACGAGCAGUCUCUCAUUUUUUUCACUUCUCGCAGUCUACGACAAACAAUGAUCAGUCUCGUGUGAAUACACAAGACCUUUUCUCUUACAACCUCAUCAAGCACCGUGAUGGUCACUGAAGAACAGAACACUGGCCAGCCUGAGACGCGAAUAAUGAAAGUAAAGGAGAAGUAUAAACAACGGAUAGUUUUUACCAAAGCUUCAGCUCUCUCCUUGCAAACCAUUUAAAACUCCAUUCAAGACGGCAUAUGUUUUUACGGAAAAGGAGGUCUUUUGAAAAUCGGCAUUGCAAAUGUCUGGCAAGAAUCGCAAUCGCUUUGAGUCGCUGCUCAGUGUAUGGACAAAUCCAGUGUACAAAGCCUCCUGAGCAUCUCUGCCUGCUAAACAAGCUGUACAGUUGGUUUUAGUUUUGGUUUUAACGUGGCGUUGCUACAUGAUUGGACUAAUUUUGAUCUUACAAAGCUUCUGCCAGUAGAACACAUUUUCUUGAUGCCCUCGUCAUGUUUGGCUCUCAUACUAAGGGACGGACCAUUAGAAAACUGGGGGGGCGAAGUACAAAAAAGAUAUUCGCGCAAGGCAAAAUUAAAUGAAAAAAAAAUUCAUGCACGCCAUAUAACCCUUAAAAAUAUUCAUGCUACGGCCUAAAAAAAAUUCAUACAAGGAACUUGAAAACGAAAAAAAUUCCUGCGGCUCAAAAAUUCCCCUCCCCCCCCCACCUAAACUUUUCUAAAGGUCCGUCCCUAAUACACGCCAGGAUACACGCUAAUAAGUUACUCAUUACGGCUCAGCCAAUCAGAAAUAAGAAUAAGAGAGGGUUCUUAUAGCAGGCUUCCCUUCCCCUCUCUCCCCUACCCCCUUCCCUUUUUCACUAUCCCUACCCCUUUCGACGCCUGCUACGUAAGCUAAAGGGAUACGUAAAUAAGUAAAUAAAUAAAUAAUGAUUUAGUGGCACUAGCUCAUCCACAAAGGGGUUCUUUGUCUACCAUUCUGGCUCAAAUUUACCUUGCGCAGCUGGCGGGAUUAACGUGGGAGUGAUGUGUUGUUUUGGUGGCAAUGGCGGAAUAAGGGUGAGAACCAACAAAAUUCAACCUGGCCGGCCACAUCUGAUGUUGCCUGAAGAAUCAAGCACAGGACAGUCAUUAAUGAGAGGGGCGUGUUCUCACCUGAACUUCAGUAGAACCUCUAUAUAACGAAGUCCUCGGUAUAAUUAACAAUUAUUCCACUUAUUCCACGCGCGAGUGUGCGUUAGAUAUAAGAUGGUAGGGGAGCCAAUGAGAAACGUAGCAUCGAGUUGGCUUUAAUCAUCUCAUAUCCAACAAGUGCGAGUGGAAUAAUUAUUCUAUUAAAAACGCCCACAAAAUAUCGAGAAUUCUUCCCGACUUUAUUUGUAAACCAACCCAUUUUCAUCUUGUUUUUAAUUUUGAGCAGACGCGUACAGUUGCCAUAUUUAAAGCGCAUGGUAUAACGGCUCAUAUACCAUGAUGGCUAAGCCAAUCAGAGCUCUAGAAUUGCAUUAUCCAAUGAUUCAAGUUUUAAUGAUAAGCGAUAUUCUCCUCCCCAGAAAUAAUACAGUCAAACCCCGCAAAUCCCGACACUGAAGGGGCCGUACUAAGAAAGAGUCCGUAUUAACGGGGUGACCUUAUUAAGCGGGUAGAAAAUGAAAGGGCUUUCUGUCCCCAGGGACAAAGCAAACUGUCCGUAACAAUGAGAUGUCUGUAUUGACCUCGAUAUAACAAAACCUCUUUAUGGCGAGCAUAUUUUGCCAGUCCUUUGGGUCUUCGUUCAGCUGUUCGUUACAUCAAGAUUCCAAUGUAAAGUGUUAUGUGAUUGUUAAAAGGAGAAAACGAGCCCCCAAAUAGCUAUUGAAAUCAACCCUUAGUAGCAAAGGCCAUAUUGGUGGGAGGUAACAGAAGUGGGGUUCAUCCGAUCAACCGAUCGUUACAGCAUCUCUAAAGACGGCGUGACUAGACAAGUCGCAAAAGACGGAACCAGUGGGAUAAACAAAAUCAACACGUAAAAACUCCAAAGCGUUGUGAUGCCCCAUAUAUUGUCACAAAUACUAAGGAGGGGAGCCGCCUACGGUUGCACAAAAAAAUGGUAACGAUUUUCAAAUAAUAAUUAUUCAUCAUAUUUUCUUAUCAUUUAAUACAGGUUUCUUUCCUAAAGCUCCGAAGAUUUCUUUCCCCCAGGUGCCGGUGGAAGCCUACUUCAAUGUCACUUUAGAGUGCAAAGUAGGUGUUAGGCCAAGCGACUGUUGGGACAAUUCUUUACGGUGGUAUUUUAACAACAACUCAGGGAAAUUAGAAUCUGGUAAAAAGUAUGAUAUACAAGAAAGGAAAACCAACACCAGAUGCAAAAUAGAUUUUAUUCUCACCAUUGUUAACGUUACUGAAGCAGACGAGGGAAAGUAUAAAUGUCAGUGGCUCUGCGAGGAGGACUACCCCAGCUUAUCCAGGUCUUCAAUUAUCCAGUUGAAAGUAUAUUUUCCUUCAAAAAAAGGUACUGUUACUCUUGUGAUAUCUAAAAGUCUUGUGUUA